UGUAAAAUGGCGGCGUGAGAGAAACACAGAGCAGCCUUAAACCUAACAAAGGAGCUAAAACCGAGUAAAACAGAGACCUGCGGCUGCCUGGGAACCAUUCAGAGGCUGAGCUGGGAAUCUACAGUCCUGGAAAAAAUAGAAAGGAGGAUGGCGAAGAGGAUCGCAGAUAAAGAGCUAACGGACAGGAACUGGGAUCAGGAGGAGGAGGGAGAGGAGGCCGGCACGUUUUCAGUGGCGAGCGACAAUGUGUUGAAGAAUCGGGCGAUUAAGAAAGCCAAGCGCCGAAACAUCGGAGGAGAGGGCGAAGUGAGCACAGCCUUCAAAGGGUUUAAAGGGUUCUCGAUGGCGGCGGCGUCCUCGGCGGCGAGCGGAGCCGCCACGCCGACGCUGUUCUCUGGGUUCGGGAACGGCGGCGGCUUCAAAGGCCUCGGCGGUCUGACCAACGGGAACAGCAUCAGUCCGUCAUUCGGAGGUUUCUCGUCUCCUGGGGCGACGUCGUCCGCUACACCCGGUCUGACGUUUAACGGCCCCGCCUCCUCCAAACCCUGCGAUGACGUCAUCGGUAAGCAGACCAACGGCUCCUCGCUGAGCUCGUCUCAGAGCGGCAGCAGCACUGGCAGCAGCAGCAGUAACAAGGAGUACAGCCGGCAGCUCACCGCUCUCAACUGCUCGGUGCGAGACUGGAUCACCAAACACGUGAACGACAACCCGCUGUGCGACCUCAACCCCAUCUUCAGGGAUUAUGAGCGGCACCUGGCCAGCAUCGAGCGGCAGUACGGAGCCGGAGCCGGAGCUGCUGGAGCUGCUGACGGAGCCUCGGAGGAGAAGAAGAAGCAGCUCCCCCCUACAGCUUCCCCUUCUCCUCCUGCUGCUGCUGCUUCCUCCUCUUCCUCCUCUUCCUCUUCUUCCUCCUCGGCAGCGGCGGCGGCUCCGACUCCGGCCGCUUUGUUCUCCUUUGGCAAAGAUAAGACGGACAAAACUGCUCCGAUCCCCGUCGGCGUCACGUUUAACUUCGGGCAGAAGGUGGACAGCUCGGCUCUGGGCUCCUUAGGGUCCAAAUCGACGCCUCCCAGCUUCUCCUUCUCCUCCUCCUCUUCCUCUUCCUCUUCCUCCUCCUCCCUGUUCGGAGCGCCCGGCUCCUUCGGCGGGAAGAAAGCGGAGGAGACUCAGCCUGCAGACGAGAACGGAGACGAAGAGUCGGACGAGCCGCCGACGGAGAUCAAAGAAGUUCAAGAGGACGACGCCUUUUACUCCAAGAAGUGUAAACUGUUCUAUAAGAAGGAGUCGGAGUUUAAGGAGAAAGGAGUCGGAACGCUUCACCUCAAACAGACCGCUGAUGGGAAGACUCAGAUGAUCAUCCGAGCCGACACCAACCUGGGAAACAUCCUGCUGAACAUCAUGGUGCAGGCGUCCAUGCCGUGCACCAGAGUGGGCAAGAACAACGUGAUGGUGGUUUGCGUCCCGAACCCGGCCGUGGACGACAAGAACGCCAACAGCCCCGUCCCUCUUCUGAUCCGAGUCAAGACGGCCGACGACGCCGACGAGCUCCACAAAACUCUGGAGGAGAAGAAAGGCUGAGCGAGCGAGCGGGCGGAGGAGCGAACCGACAAACGUCUGCCGGCCGCUUCCUUCUCUCCUUCCU